ACCAUUUGUCUGGUUUUGCAUGUCACAUUCACACACUACUCAAGUAUUCAGUUACUAUUCUAGAAGAUAUCAUAUUGGAAUCGGUAUUCUCCGCAAUCUGAAUCAAUGGUCCCAACCCCAACCCAGCCAUGGCUGUAUCACAGCCAGAAGCCAGCAAUCUCACACCGUCUUCACCGCAACAACUAGAACAAGUUUAUGGCUCUGCCUCUGAUGAUGCCUUUUCAUUCUCUCCUAUUAUAACCCUUCAAAAGCUACCCCAUCUCACUGAGUACAUGAACCACCUCCAACCGGUCGGCCCCAAUCCACUCUACCGAAACCCUUUCUUCCAUCCCACUGACGGCUUCUACAUAACCCCAUCCGACGUCAUUCUCCCCCAAGUCGGCGAUCUUUCUCUCUCCAGAACACUCCCUUCUCCCUCUCACGGCCAGUACUUGGCAUAUCACAGGGCGGGUCCUCGCAACCAAAUUUUCUUUGACCCUUGUACCACCAGGGCUGCUAUCGUUACAUGUGGAGGACUCUGUCCUGGGAUGAAUACUGUUAUACGGGAGCUGGUUGUUGGCCUUUGGGACCUGUAUGGGGUGCGCCAAAUUUAUGGUAUUAAAGCGGGCUACCGAGGUUUCUACUCCACUCACCCCAUUGAGCUCAAUCCUAAGCUGGUGCAUAACUGGCACAAGAGGGGCGGGACUGUGCUUGAAACAUCGAGGGGUGGCUUUGAUCUCACAAGGAUUGUUGAUGCCAUUGAGCACCGCGGCUUUAAUCAGGUUUACAUUAUAGGCGGGGAUGGCACAAUGCGCGGUGCUGUAAAGAUAUUUGAGGAGAUCCGCCGGCGGAAAUUGAGAGUAGGAGUCGCUGGAAUUCCAAAAACUGUGGACAAUGAUGUGGGCAUAAUUGAUAGAUCAUUUGGAUUCCAGACGGCUGUAGAAAUGGCUCAGCAAGCAAUCAAUGCGGCCCAUGUAGAGGCGGAAAGUGCAGUCAAUGGAAUUGGUUUAGUGAAGCUAAUGGGUCGGAGCACAGGGCAUAUAGCCCUUCACGCAACAUUGAGCAGCCGUGAUGUGGACUGCUGCUUAAUUCCUGAAACCGAAUUUUAUUUGGAAGCCAAAGGGGGCCUAUUUGAAUUUCUUGAACAAAGGCUGAAAGAGAGGGGGCAUGCAGUGCUGGUGGUUGCUGAAGGGGCAGGUCAGGAUUUGAUACCGAGAAGCGAUGCCCAGAAAGAAGAAAGGGAUGAGUCUGGCAACCUGGUUUUCCUAGAUGUUGGGGCGUGGCUGAACUCAGAGCUCAAGAAAUGGUGGGCCAGAGACCACCCAGAUGAGUUGUUUACAGUGAAGUAUAUAGAUCCUACUUACAUGAUACGUGCAGUUCCAGCAAAUGCUACAGAUAACUUGUACUGUACACUUCUGGCUCAUUCAGCAAUUCAUGGGGUAAUGGCAGGGUACACUGGUUUUGUCUCUGGCCCUAUUAACGGCAACUAUGCAUAUAUUCCGUUGACAGGCGUGGCACAAGCUAAGAAUGAAGUAAACACGAAGGACCAUAAAUGGGCAUGGGUCAGAUCUGUCACCAAUCAGCCUGAUUUCGUGAAGCCCGGAUGAAAUUCAAUAAGAUAUUUCUGUCCCGAUCGUUUGGAUUCGUCUGGCAGACUAUUGCCACUGCACUUCACCGUGUUCAUGUUAAGAAAUGUAUCGCUAAUGUUU